AGAGGCUGUGAUCAGCGAUGGCGGCGCUCAGUGCUGUGCGCUGUUUAUUCAGAGUCAGAAAUGUGGGUCAGAACAAGCGGGCGGUUCUGCGGGUGGUCCAGCGGGGGGCUUCCACUUCAUCAUCAGACAGCGGUCAGCGUGCUGAGGGGGUCAGAACAGCACAGUACACAGACGCUGAAGUUCAGGACAUUUUGACUCGAAUCACAGGUUUGGACCUGAGUAAAGUGUUUCAGCCGGUCAAACAGGAGCUCAAACCACCGAAGUACAAACUCCUGACUGAUGCUCAGCUGGAGGAGGCAGUACGGCGGGCAGAAGAACAGGCUGAGAGGUUGCUGAAGAUGCCGCCUGUGUUACCUGAGAGGAAGCCCAUCGAGGAAGUUCUGUCUGAAGAUAAGAUGCUGGAGGGGAUGGACACAUCCAAAUACGUCUUCACUGACAUCACCUACAACAUUCCUCACAGAGAGCGGUUUAUCGUUGUGAGAGAGCCGAGCGGGACGCUGAGAAAAGCGACGUGGGAAGAGAGAGACAGAAUCAUACAGGUUUACUUUCCCAAAAACGGCCGCAAGCUUACAGCGCCCCCUAUCUUCAAAGAGGAGAACCUCAAGGUCGCGUUUGGACAGAACAGACAUGAAGAAGUCCUGAAACACUGCCUCGUCCAGUUCGAGCCCGAUUCUGCAGACUUUAAGAGGGUGCAUGCUUUAACCUAUGAGGACAUUGAGAAGUUUGGGAAAUACGACCUGCUCCGGUCUACUCGCUUUUUUGGUGGUCUUGUGUGGUUUCUGGCCAGCAGCCGCAGAAUUGACGGUCUGUUAACAGACAUGCUGCAGAGAGAACGGCUGCAGGAUGCAGUGAGUUUGGUGCGUCUGUUUAACCUGGUGCAUCCUCAGAGUGACUCCGCCCUGCAGGCUCACAGCCAGGACGCUAAUGGCACAGACCUGCUGAAGAUCUACGCUGAUUGCGAGUCUCCAAGAGCUGGAUUCAUCAAACUGGCUUUACAGACUUACGAACAGACGAUGGCAGUGAGCUCUGCUUAGAUGGACACAGAAACCAGAACGGCGUCAUAGAGGCGUUUUCUCGCUGUAUGUUACGUUAAAAAUCACCACAACCUGAAACUUUUCAAUAUUACAUGACUUUAUUGCCAAUGACUGUUGUAUGUUAAUAAAUACUGUAUGUUAAUAACA